UUUUUCCAGACUUUGGUUUGUGAUGUUCAUUCCAUUACAAGUGACAACCACAAAUGGACACAGGAAGACAAACUCCUACUAGAAAGCCAGCUCAUACUUGCUACAGCUGAACCCCUGUGUCUAGAUCCCUCAAUUGCUGUAACCUGUACAACAAACAGACUUCUCUAUAACAAGCAGAAAAUGAAUACUCACCCAAUGAAACGAUGCUUCAAGAGAUACUCCCGGUCAUCUUUGAAUCGACAGCAGGAAGUGACUCACUGCACAACACCACCACAGCUUAAAUUGUUGGAUUAUGUGCAAAAAAGAAAAGAGAGAAAAGCAGCACCGCAACAUGACCUCAAAAUUUCCAAAGCUGGAAAUUGCGUAGAUAUGUGGAAACAGACCCCUUGCUAUUUGACUGCACCGUCUGAAGUGGAUGUGGAAAAAUAUGCUAAAGUAGAAAAAUCUAUCAAGACGGAUGACUCACAGCCAAGUGUCUGGCCAGCUCAUGAAGUAAAAGAUGAUUAUGUCUUUGAAUGUGAAGUUGGAAGUCAACUUCAGAAAACAAAACUGACAAUUUUCCAGUCAUUGGGAAAUCCAUUAUACUAUGGCAAAAUACAGAUGAUUAAGAGUGAAGAAGAUAAUGAGAGCCCAGCUAUUCCGUCACAUUUUCUUAUCGGCUCAAAAUCAGAAGCUGAAAGAGUGGUCAACCAGUACCAGGAACUAGUUCAAAAUGAAGCUAAAUGCACAGUGAAGAUGUUUCAUAACUCAAACGGCGGAGUUUGUCUAAGUGAACUUUCUCCUGAGAAGGAAAUGGAACAGGCUGAGAGUGUAUCCGGGUAUGUUCAGUCAUCAUUACUGGGAAAAGGUGUGAAACACCGGCCACCUCCCAUCAAACUACCUUCAAGUUCAGGAGGCAGCUCUACAGGUAAUCUCUUUAGUCCACAGCAGUCAAGCGGCCACCUAAAAUCCCCCACUCCUCCUCCUCCCAAGCCUCCCGCAGUGUCUCGGAAGCAAUCUCUGGAUCUGAAUCAGCUGAGCAUGCUUUCUCCAACAACCAUGUCUCCAGCAAGCUCUUCACAAAGGUCUGGAACUCCUAAACCAUCUACUCCUACUCCAGCCAACCCACACCCUCCUGAUGCUCAGAGCUCCACUCUGACUACCCAUUCUGCCACCCUUACUCCCCAAGAUUCAGGCUUCACCCCUCAGCCCACUUUGCUAACCCCGUUUGCUCAGCAGCCAAUGUCUCUGAGCCAGGCACUGCCUGUAAUGACCAUUCCUCUUUCCACCAUGGUAACAUCCACUACUACAGGAACCUCCUCCAACCAGGUCAUGCCAAACACUGCAGGACUUAACUUCAUCAAUGUAGUGGGCUCUGUAUGCGGAGCGCAGACAUUGAUGAGUGGCUCAAACUCCAUGUUGGGGUGUAGUACUAGUGCAGUAACCCCUGCAGGCAUAAACUUGAGCAGCAUUUUACCACCAGGAGGUCUGGUGCCAAGUGCGCUGCCCGCUGCAGUGCAGCCCUCAACCUCUCAGCCAGCAGGUGGUCCUUUGGGUUUAAACAGUGCUCCAGGCCUUCAUUCUCUGAAUCUGCUGCAGCUUCCAGAUGGCUCACUGAUUUUCAACCCUUUGCAGCAGCAACAGCAACAACUCUCCCAGUUCUCAUCCCAACCUCCUACAGCUUCAAGUACUCAGCAACAGGGAGAUCAAGAUUCUGAACAAGUUUCCACAAAUCAAGACCAGGCCUUGUCUGCUCAGCAAACUGCUGUUCUUAACCUGACUGGAGUAGGGAAUUUUAUGCAGCCUCAGGGAGCAGCUCUUCCACUAUCAAACGGUUAUGACAGCAGAGGUGGCAGCAGUGCAAGCAGCUCAGCUACAACAUUCAGGCAUCCAGUCAAAAAAUAAACAGAAGCAGUUCACUGUUCCUAAAUUCUUAAAAUCCUUGUUUGAUAUGUAUGUAUAUUUAUAGUUUUUUUAAAUAAAAUUGAAUGAAAUCUU